UGCUUAGCUGUGCUUCAGUGUUUCGAAUUAAACGACAGUUGUUUUUAAGAAUCGGACAAGCCAACAUGUCUAAUAAUAAUAUUAAGCGCAAAUGUCGGGCUCUUAUGGAAGAGUUCAUACUCGACAAUACCCAAUUACUUGAAAUUAAUCGAAGAUUCCUAAAUGAAUUGAAUCGUGGCUUAUGUAAAAAGACACACGACCAAGCUGAUGUUAAGUGUUUUGUAACUUACGUUCAGGAUCUGCCAACAGGAGAAGAAAUUGGCAGAUAUAUGGCAUUGGAUUUGGGUGGCACCAAUUUCCGAGUGCUGCUGGUGACCUUGAAGGCACAUCACGAAGCUGAUAUAGAAUCAAAGACCUAUGCCAUAUCCCAGGAAAUUAUGACAGGUCCAGGAGUCGAUCUUUUCGAUCAUAUAGCUGAAUGUUUGGCCGUGUUUAUGAAGGAACAGGAUUUGAUAGAUGAGCAUCUUCAUCUUGGAUUUACAUUUUCAUUUCCAUGUAAACAAGUUGGACUCACUAAAGGAUAUUUGAUUCGCUGGACUAAGGGAUUCAACUGUCCUGGUGUGGAGAAUGAAGAUGUUGUGCAACUGCUGAGAGAAGCUAUUAAACGUCGAGGAGAUAUUAACAUAUCAGUUGUAGCCAUUCUCAAUGACACAACAGGAACUUUGAUGUCCUGUGCCCACAGAAAUAAAAACUGUCACAUUGGAACGAUCAUCGGUACCGGAUGCAAUGCCUGCUAUCUGGAGCGUGUGGAAAAUGUUGAACUCUUCGACAGUCCACCAGGUAAACCUUACGUAAUUGUCAAUGCCGAAAUGGGAGCAUUUGGAGAAAGUGGUGCCUUGGACUUUGUCCGAACGGAAUACGAUCGAAUUAUCGACAGAAAUUCGAUGAAUCCUGGCAAGCAAAUCUAUGAAAAAAUGAUAUCCGGCAUGUACAUGGGUGAGAUUGUACGAUUGGUACUCCUAAAAGCUAUCGAGCAAAAAAUUCUCUUACCCAAGGGUGGAAAACAAAUCAAAAACCUUGCCAAACCAGAAAGCUUCGAAACCAGAUUCGUGUCGGAAAUUGAAGCAGACAAUGAAGGAGAGUAUACGAAUUGUAAAAAAAUUCUCACCGAUUUUGGCUUCUCCAAACCCACCAAUGAGGAUUGCGCCGAAGUGAGAUACAUUUGUGAGUGCGUAUCGCAGAGAGCGGCCCAUUUAGUUGCUUGCAGCCAGGCAACAAUGAUAAAUAAAAUCGAUGAAGGUCACACGACUGUGGGUGUUGAUGGAACAGUAUACAGACUUCAUCCAAGAUUCAAUGAAUACAUGGAAGAGAAAAUGAAGGAAUUGGUUAAUCCAAAUAUUGGAUUUAAUUUGAUGCUCUCUGAAGAUGGAUCGGGACGUGGUGCUGCUUUAGUCGCAGCCACUGUUACUGAUUGACUUUUUGAGAUUGUUUUGAGUAGAUUAUAAAUUUUUGUUCGUAGUUGUUUAGCUAAAAAGUACUUGCAUGUGUUUUGAAGAAAAAUAUAAAGAAAUUAUUACAAAAUUUGAUUUCUUUUUUAUUGAAAAAGGAUUGUUUUUGUGUUUUAAAUUGCUUCGUUACAUUCAAAAAUGGUUAUGUAAUUCUUUAGAACAGUAGAGAGUCAGUUUGUCUGGAAAAAUCUCGAUUAUCAAUCAAAUUUAAUCACAAAAUUCAGUUGUAUAACAAGUUCAAUUACACAAAAUUUCUAUAUCAUUGUUUCUAUUUUUUGAAAGCUGUGAAUUACUUUCGAUCAAGAUCGUGUGUGUACCUUAAAAAAAGAAUUUUUUUGAAACGAAUUGAUAAGAUGGAUUUAUUGUUUUGUUGAUAAGAAGUUAAGGUUAAAUGAUGAUCCCAAAGUGAAUAUAUAAAAAAAUUGCAUAACAAUUAAGCUUAUCAAAAAAUUUUAUUAACACUAACUUG